AUGUCCUACUUGACCCGUAUCUCGACCUUCCCUUACCCUCCGCGGCCGUUGCCUAGACAUUGUGCACAAGCUCGUCCUCUGCCGCCGGCAGAUGCGGAUGCCCGAGUGGUUGCGAGAGAAGCUGGCCAAAACCUCGACGCCCUUCAAACGCUCAUGUUUAGGUAUUCGCUCGAUUCUUCUACCGAGUACUUCUGCGGCGCUUCAGUUGAGUCUCAGCUCAGGGAGCGACAUCGUGAAAUGAAAACCAAAACCGAGGACGAGAUCGACUUUGCAUCGGCCCUGGACCGCGCAAUGGAGGGCCUCGCCACCAGAGGACAGUUCUUCGAAUGCGGCCCAUACAUCUGGCCCAGGGGUUUUCAGAAAGCCUUCCAAGACUGCCACGUCUUCGUAGACAAGUACGUAGCCCGACGACUGGACAACGGUUUCACUGUCACAGCCGAAAAACAGGCAUUUACCGAGGCAAAUGAGGAAAAAGGGAGAUACAUCUUUUUGGACGCGUUGGCCGAAGACUUCCCCGACACCGUCGAGCUUCGGUACCAAAUUCUGGGCGUGCUGUUCGCCGGCCGCGACAUCACGGCCUCACUCAUUAGUUGGGUGUUUUACGACAUCUUUUGUCGUGUGUGGCGGGACGUGGAAUAA